AUGAUUUCACCUUCAGCAGGAAUUCCGAGUCCACGAGGAAGCGGCGACAGUCUCGAAAGUUUCCGAACUCCAACAGGAUUGUCAGGGGCAUCUACACACGUGGCGAAGGUAGGCUCGUUGUCCACUGUGGAUUCCUCCUUGGAACUCGCCGUCAAAUGCAGGACAGAGUCCUCAAGCAUUUCUGCAUUCUCAUCGCCUUCUUCUAUUUUCACGAAGGAGCUUCAGACGGAGGUUGAACCUGAGAUCCUCCGCGGCGUGUCCCUUGACGUUGCCCUCCAAGGGUUAGGACGACACUUGCAGCCACCAGAUUCGGGCAUGUUUCACGUGGAUCCCAAGAACUACAUGCUCAGCCGGAGAACAACCAAGUUCCAUGCCUUUCUGAGUCAUGACUGGGAAUCCUCACGCUGGAUGAAGGUGAUUGCCCUGCUUAUCGCAUUCAACGCACAAGCAGCCUCCAUUACCACCACCGUUGUCAGCGUGCUGACAGGGAUUUUGUGCGCUUCGGGCGUGCUGCCGACCGACUUUUGGACUGCCAUUCUGCCCCAUGCAGCAUUUUGGAUCGUCCUUUUCUUCUGGCAGCGGAUACGCAGCAUGAUUGGCUUUCCAGUGAUGGUCUUUCUGGAUAAGCUUUGCAUCGCACAACAUGAUGAAGCGCUGAAGGAGCAGGGUGUGCUUGGACUCGCCGCGUUUCUCCACCGAUCUGACCAGCUCACAGUUCUUUGGUCCAAAAGGUACUUUCGUCGCCUUUGGUGCAGCUAUGAGCUUGCGACGUUCAUGAAGGACGCGGACAAGCACGCGUCUAUCCAGUUUAUUCCUUUGAAGAUGGGUGUGCUGCUGAGCCUCCUGGCACUAGUUGGACUGACGGCGACCACACUUUUUUAUGUCUCUUUGGAUCUUGGUCAUGGCCAUAUUGAGUACCCGUUGACUACUGGGACCCUGGCUGCUGGCGCGGUCUUCUUUUUCUGCCCCCUGCUCAACUACAUUGGCAUCAAGCUCAUGCAGGAAUUGCGGGAGCUGCCCCACCAGGUGUGCAACUUCCGCGUCCAGAAAGCAGAGUGCUUCUGUUGUUCGCGCAACCACCUGCACCCGGACACCGGUGCAGACAUCCCAUGUGAUAGAGCGACUGUCGCUCUGAUGCUUCAGCAAUGGUUCGGCCGGCCCGGCGAUCUGGGUGAGGAGUACUGCCGACGAUUCAAUCGUUUGGUGCGUCAUCGAUUAGGUCCUAAAAUUCUACGAUCCGUUGGGGGAGAUGCCCUGCCAUUGUCAUACGCGCUCUACGUGGUUUGUUGCAGCAACAUGCCAUGGCUGUCCACGGUCAUCACUCAAGUUGCAGCAGGUCCUCCGACUGCAUCUGGAGUUGGAUCCAUGGUAUGGGUCUUGCGGCAUUUCCUGGAAUGGGCACAACUUUGCCUGGCGAUGCUUUGCAUGAUGCGCGUCAGCACACUUCUGUGGAAGGUGGGAAGCAGGACGCAACGGAAGGGCAGACGAAUCCUGGCUUCCUUUGCCAUCGUGGUCCCAACCAUCGCGGUAGGGGCUAUCACUUGGUGGUCUUUCGUUCUGAUCUACGAAGCCACUUCGCAAGACAGCCUGCUUCCUGGGAUUCCCUUCCUGCUCGUGCUCAUCCUUACUGGAUACCUGUAUUGGCCGUCCAGCCCACGAGUUUCCGAUCUGGAAGAGAAAGGGAUGGAGGUGGAACCCGACAUGAUCUGCUCUCCAGGUGUAUCGACUAGUGCAGAUGGAUUCCGUUUCCGGUCACACCAUGCUCAGCCUGGUGAACAACAAG